GGCAGCGCAGCGCUCGGCGCAGCCCACGCUCAGCGCCCCCCUCCCCCCCCGUUUUCCCCCCCGCAGUGGUAGCGGCCGCGAUCGUUCCCGGCCGCCGCCGCCUCAGCCCGAGCCUCCCGCUGCUGGGCGCCCCGCGCUGCCCGCGGCCGUGUAUGAGCGAUUCGUAAGGGGCGGCCGCCAUGUCUACCCCGGCCCGUCGGCGCCUCAUGCGGGACUUCAAGAGGCUGCAGGAGGACCCCCCGGCCGGCGUCAGCGGGGCCCCUUCCGAGAACAACAUCAUGGUGUGGAACGCCGUCAUCUUCGGGCCCGAGGGGACCCCCUUCGAGGACGGAACUUUCAAACUUACAAUAGAAUUCACAGAGGAAUAUCCUAACAAACCACCUACUGUUAGAUUUGUCUCUAAAAUGUUCCAUCCAAAUGUCUAUGCAGAUGGUAGUAUAUGUCUGGAUAUUCUUCAGAAUCGUUGGAGUCCUACUUACGAUGUCUCCUCCAUCUUAACAUCCAUACAGUCUCUAUUGGAUGAGCCAAAUCCUAACAGUCCAGCAAACAGCCAGGCAGCUCAGCUAUACCAAGAGAAUAAGCGGGAAUAUGAAAAACGGGUUUCUGCAAUAGUAGAACAGAGUUGGCGUGAUUGUUGACCCAGGAUGAUGCAAAUGAACACUCUGGUGAUGAGGAAAAUACAUGAAGUGUCUGAGUCAUCUUCUUCCUCCUAGCAUCACUGCAUUUACUUUGAAAGCAGAAUAGCUGUUGUGCUGUUGCCACCCUCCCUUGCUGAAGCUUCUUCUCCUUGGACAUCAGAAAGCACCCACUUUGAAGUCAAAUGUACUGUACUUGGGUUACUUGCAAAAGAAUUACUGAUGCUGAAUUCAUUUUCUGUGGUCCCUCUCCAGUCUUAGGGCAGUAUUGUGCAUUUCUGUAGUGUACACUAAGCUUUUAAUUGUAAUUGUGUUAUACACAGUGAUGCUUAUGUGUAGCUUGAUAAAAGGGAUGUUUAUAUACAUACACAUUUUUUAACUGAUAUUACUAAAGUGCUGAUCUGUCCAGGCUGGUCAUUUACCAUUGGUUUAGACCCCACUGCAUUUGUAAGUACUGAGUGAAGAAAUAACCUUGUUUCCCAUUUGUAUUGGUUUAUCAACUCCUUACUUAUGAAAAAAAAAACAAACAGCUAAACCAAUUGCCAUUCAAUUAGUAAGACCAUGGAAUGCUAGUCACUUCUGCACCUCCCAUGCAGGAUUUAUGUACAGGUAUACAUAAAUCACUACAGUUGUGGUACUUUCAUCUUUGCUGAGGGUGAGAAACAAACCCUGUUUUUUUAUUUUAAAUAGUGUGUUAAAGGACAUGCCUAUAGAGACUGCUUAAAUAAGUUUCUAUAGUCUUGUUGCUGACAUUACUGGACAAAAGCAGGUGGAGCUGUGGUAUUCCGAUUGAGAGACUUUCCCAAUUCAGGAAGAGGUAAAGCCUGAAGUGUUUCAGAGGUGGAGUUACUCUUUCAGUGUCUUUCUCCUUCCCCUCAUCUUUAUCUGAGAAAGAUAAGUUCUUUGGGAUCCAACUUUGCCUUGUGGAAAGUUUGAAUAAAGUAUGGGGUAGUCUCUGCAGUUCCUGUUCUUUGUUGAUUGUGUGGUUUACGUGAGCUACUGCUGCAUGCUUGAGUUAGUUUUCCUUCCAUUUUAUGAAAGUAUUUUUUUCAACUCUGAAAAAAACAGUUCUAAGUCCAGACUCACUUUUCUGUAAGGCUAAGUUAGUACAUUUUGAUACAGUACCUUAAGCAGCAGUGUGGGAUGAAACCUUCCAGUUGUGUUGUCCACUGUUCCAGUGUCUUUUGUGUGCACAUUGGUCUGUUAGUUGAGAAGUAUAACUUUGCACAAGUAACCCAUGUAAGAAACUGUACAUUUUUCAAAACUUGUAAAUAAAAGUGUAACCUUAAUGCUUAUUGUAUAAAUAGGCAA